AAGAAGAAGUGAUUUUUGCCUCGUGAGAGCCAUAAUGGCCACCCCCAAAGGUACUGUAAUCUGUGGUGAGGAAGGAAUACUGGAGCCUCUGACUUUUCCAGAGCUCGAAGCUGAAAGUCCUAACACUCCUAGUCUGCUUCAGCAUCCCAGUGACGAGCUGCUGGUCUGUCUAUUUUGUUCGGAGUCUGUCCCUCUGCUGCAGAGAGACACCCUGUUCAGGCACCUGUUGCUGGACCACAAGCUUGUCAUUGCUGACGUGAAGCUCAUCGCCAACCUCCCAAGGUACAUGGUUUACUGGAAGGGCAGGUUGCUGGAGCAACCAGUCACUGAUUUUUGCAGUGUGAUAAAGACCAACUCCACUGGCCCAGUUGAAAAACAGGAAGACUACUUCCUGCUUUGUGACGUCCUCCCAGAAGACAGAAUCCUUCGAGAGAGGCUCCAACAGGAACGGUUGGAGGAGGUGCUAGAACAACAGCAGAAGGAGCGAGAUGACUGCUGCUUCCAUCGCCUCUGCCUAUUCUGCAGCGAGGAGUUCACUGGAAACAGGGCAUCUCUGCUAAACCACAUGGCCAGAGAUCACUCGUUCAGCAUUGGGCUUCCAGACAACAUUGUGUAUUGCAAUGAGUUUCUGGACACACUGCAAUGCAAACUCGACAAACUGCAGUGUUUGUACUGUGAAAAAAUGUUCAGAGAUAAAACCACACUGAAGGAUCAUAUGAGGAAGAAAGCUCACCGUCGCAUAAAUGCCAAUAACCAUGAAUAUGACCGCUUCUAUGUCAUCAACUACCUGGAACUGGGAAAAACCUGGGAGGACGUUCAGAGUGAAGAUGACCAGGACCUAAUAGACGAUGAAGAUGAUGAUUGGUCAGACUGGCAGGCCCAUCCUCUCUCUGCCGUUUGUCUCUUCUGCGAUCAUCAGUCAGAGACAAUGGAUCAGAUUUACACACAUAUGAAGGAUUCCCAUGGCUUUGACCUUCAUAAACUAAAGAUGAAGCUCAACCUAAAGUUCUACCAGCAGGUGAAGCUUGUCAACUUCAUCCGGCGGCACAUCCACCAGGGCUGUUGCUAUGGCUGCCAGGAAAAGUUUGACUCCAGAGCAGACAUGUUAAACCACAUAAUCUCUGAGGGCCACGUGAUGAAACUGCCGCAGAUGUCUACCUGGGACCAGCCACAAUAUUAUUUCCCAACAUAUGAAAAUGACGCCCUCCUGUGUACACUGUCUGACAGCAAUGAAGGGGAAGGAGAUGACAUGUGUCCCAGUGAGGACAUACCAGUAAUUGCAGAAGACAUAUCAAACCUCAGGGUGCUAAAACCAAACAGCUUCCUCAACCAACCUGAGAAACAGAUGUUCCAGUAGAAAGGAUGAUGUAUAAACUUGUUUUUGUUUUGUUUUGGUGUGUUUCGGAUAAAACUUGUGCUCAGACUCAUCAAGAUACUUGGACAUACUGCAGUAUACUCUUCAACAGCAUGCUCUCAGUGAGGAAGAAACAUCUUGGAACCUUUGUCUAUAAAAGGUCCAACCCUCACCUAGAAUUAUAUCUGAAAUAUGUUUUUUAUUAUUCACUUUUCUAUUUUUAAUACAGUACUUAAUUAUUUUCUGUACCCAGUGCCUCCUACAAAUUAGGAAAUUAUUGCAAAAUGAAUUUAUUUUAAUAAUACUAAAUGAAACAAUUAGAUUGAGAUGUACCCAUUAUGUAUAACUUCCAAUUAAAAGUACCUUUCGAAAAGACUGCUUAAUCAUGUAUUAAGCAUUUUCAUUAAGCCCUCGUUUCUGUAUUAAAAUGUUGUUUUUGUUGGU